AUGAAUAAAUAUAUUUAUGUUCUACAGGCGGAGUUAAUUGUCAAGACUUUAUCUACCAGUCUACCUUGUGAUGAUGCAGUGAUAGAACUAAGUGCCAGAAACAUCAUAUGCGUUCACCUGGUACGAUCGUCAUUCCACCUGCUAGUGCUUAGCAUUCUUCCUACGAUUGAAGAGGAAAAUACCUAUGUCUUAGCUUCUUUUACUAGUGCUUGGAGACACGGAACCUCGCCAACGGCAAAGAAUCUCUACACUAACUCUACGAAACACAGCAGCAUUGGGCUACUAUUUCACGCUGGUAUUCAAUAA